AUGGUGGAAGCUUUCAAUAAGGUUGUUGAUGAAUGCAGAAAUCAGGCAUACUUCCGACAGGGUGUUGCUCUCCAGUAUCUCGGCCGCCAUGCAGAUGCACUGGCUGCGUUUGCAUCUGGGCUGGCCCAGGAUCCGAAAAGCUUGCAGCUGCUGGUCGGGAUGGUGGAAGCUGCCAUGAAGUCUCCACUACGAGAAUCCCUGGAACCAACCUAUCAGAAGCUACAGAAAAUGAAGUUGGACAAAAGCCCCUUUGUGGUCGUAUCUGUCAUUGGCCAGGAGCUUUUGACAGCAGGACAUCACAGUGCAUCUGUAGUUGUUCUGGAGGCUGCCCUGAAAAUUGGAACGUGCAGCUUGAAACUUCGUGGGUCAGUGUUCUCUGCUCUAAGCAGUGCUUACUGGGCAUUAGGGAAUACAGAGAAGAGUAUUGGCUAUAUGCAGCAGGACUUCGAUGUAGCCAAGACUUUAGGUGACCAUACGGGCGAGUGUCGAGCCCAUGGUAAUUUGGGUUCGGCAUUCUUCUCCAGCGGCAACUACCGAGAGGCCCUAAACAACCACCGUCUCCAGCUAGUGCUGGCCAUGAAGCUAAAAGAUCGUGAGGCAGCCUCUUCAGCAUUGAGCAGCCUGGGUCAUGUCUACACAGCCAUCGGAGACUACCCAAAUGCACUGGCCAGUCACAAACAGUGUGUCCUUCUUGCUAAACAAUCCAAAGACGAACUCUCGGAAGCCAGAGAACUAGGCAAUAUGGGAGCUGUUUACAUAGCAAUGGGUGACUUUGAAAAUGCAGUACAGUGCCACGAACAGCACCUCAGAAUUGCGAAGGAACUGGGCAACAAGCGAGAGGAAGCACGCGCUUACAGUAACCUCGGCAGUGCCUAUCACUACAGGAGGAACUUUGACAAAGCAAUGUCCUAUCAUAACCAUGUGCUGGAAUUAGCACAGGACCUAGACGAGAAGGCAAUUGAAAUGAGAGCGUAUGCAGGGCUGGGUCAUGCAGCGCGAUGCAUGCAGGAUUUGGAGAGAGCAAAGCAGUACCAUGAGCAACAGUUGAAUAUUGCAGAGAACCUGAAGGAUCGUGCAGCAGAAGGACGGGCCUCCUCCAAUCUUGGUAAGUAG